AGCUCGGGUUUUUUUUUUUUUCCUUCUUCACACCUCCGACUAUUCUAACAACGUACAUUUUCUCCCCAGCUAACUUGUUUGCCAGAGAGCACGGUAUUCAGAUUAGAAUAACAGUCCAUUGAAACGGAGAAAACAAACACAAACACGUCCCGACACUCCUCUCCAUCCCGAGUGUCCGGCACUGGCACACGGAUAACACACAUCUUCGAGGACGGGGUUACGGGUGCUUCCUGUGUUCUAGGGAGUCCUGAUGCUGGAGCCAAAGCUUGACAGCAUGAGAACAUGGAGGAAACAGCUCUGUAUUGCUCUGUAUAAGGGGACUGAUUUUGAAGCCAAUUAAGGGUCAUUUGGGCUUCUUGAGGACAAGGGCCACUUUGAAGGAACGGGUUUGACUGCCGCCGACCGACCGUGGGCCCGCUCUCGCUGACCAGCCUCCUGGGCGCCGGCCGCCCCCUGCCUCUGCUCAGGAGGGCGGAGCUCUAAGGGAGUGCAGGAGAGGACAUGAAACUGUGCUGACAGAGCGUGGCCUCGGGACUGUCUGGAGGCACUGCACAUUUCAAGGACUUCACAUUCACACCUUUCUCACCCAGCCGUGGGUAGGGCUUCUGCGUCGAGCUGAGGAUAGCUAUAGGGGUCUUUUGCUCUUUGCACAUCCCGGCUAAAAGGAUAAGAUGAAGCUGAAGAAACAGGUGACUGUGUGUGGUGGGGCCAUCUUCUGUGUGGCUGUCUUCUCUCUCUAUCUGAUGCUGGACCGGGUCCAGCAUGACCCAUCCAGGAGACAGAGUGGCGGAAACUUUCCGAGGAGCCAGAUUUCGGUGUUGCAGAACCGCAUUGAACAGCUGGAGCAGCUCCUGGAGGAGAAUCACCAGAUCAUCAGCCACAUUAAAGACUCUGUGCUCGAGCUCACGGACACGGGCGCCGUUUCACCCAGCGGACAACUCCCCUUCCGCAGUGCCAACGGGUCCUGGGUGCUGCCCUUUGAUGGCAGGCCCACCUUCCUUGCGGUGAAGCCCCAGGACUGCCAGUUUGCACUGGGCCACCGUGGACAGGCAGACCUGCAGAUGCUGGAUGUAUACUCCCUGCUAAGCUUUGAUAAUGUGGAUGGCGGUGUGUGGAAGCAGGGUUUUGAGAUCACAUAUGAGCCCACUGAGUGGGAUGAUGAGCCUCUUCAGGUGUUUGUGGUGCCCCACUCUCACAAUGACCCAGGCUGGGUCAAAACCUUUGACAAAUAUUACACCGAACAGACGCAACACAUUUUUAACAACAUGGUGGUCAAGCUCACAGAAGACCCGCGCAGGAAGUUCAUCUGGUCUGAGAUUUCCUUCUUCGUUAAGUGGUGGGAGAGUGUGGAUACUCUCAAACAGGAGGCAAUGCGCAAACUCAUCCUGGGAGGGCAGCUGGAGUUUGUGACCGGAGGCUGGGUAAUGACGGACGAAGCCAACGCUCACUACUUCGCCAUGAUUGAUCAGCUCAUUGAAGGUCAUCAAUGGCUGGAGAGGAACUUGGGUGUGAUUCCUUGCUCCGGCUGGGCGGUUGACCCCUUCGGCCACAGUGCCACCAUGCCUUAUCUGCUGAAGAAAGCCAACCUGACCAGCAUGCUGAUCCAGAGGGUGCACUACUCCAUUAAGAAGCAUUUUGCCUCCACGCGCAGCUUGGAGUUUAUGUGGAGGCAGGCGUGGGAUCCUGAGUCUGGCACAGACCUGUUCUGUCACAUGAUGCCCUUCUACAGCUAUGAUGUUCCUCACACGUGUGGGCCUGACCCAAAAAUCUGUUGCCAGUUUGACUUUAAGAGACUGCCAGGCAGCAGGGUGAACUGUCCCUGGAAGGUUCCUCCACGCGCCAUCUCGGAGACCAACGUGGCUGAGAGGGCCCAGGUCCUUUUGGAUCAAUAUCGUAAGAAGUCCAAGCUGUUCCGCAGUAAAGUGGUACUGGUACCACUGGGAGACGAUUUUCGCUAUGACAAAGCUCUGGAGUGGGACCAGCAGUAUAUCAACUACCAGAAGCUGUUUGACUACAUGAAUUCUCACCCAGAAAUGCAUGUGCAGGCCCAGUUUGGCACGCUGACUGACUACUUCAGCGCGGUGUACAAGGCAAAUGGUGUUGUUAUGGGGGCGAGGCCACCUGCUUACCCCGUGCUGAGCGGAGACUUCUUCGUCUAUGCUGACCGGGAGGACCAUUACUGGAGUGGCUACUAUACCUCCAGACCAUUCUACAAAAACCUGGACCGCAUUCUGGAGUCCCACCUCAGGGGCGCAGAGAUCUUGUACAGCCUGGCCGUGAGCCACGCACGCCAUGCCAGGAUGGAAGGGCGUUACCCCACCUCCGACUACUCCCUGCUGACCGACGCCCGGCGCAACAUAGGGCUGUUCCAACACCACGACGCCAUCACCGGCACUGCCAAGGAGAUCGUCGUCAUCGACUACGGGACCAGGUUACUGCGCUCCCUCAUUGGACUGAAGAGAGUGAUCAUUAAUGCGGCUCACUUCCUCAUAAUGAAGAAUAAAGAUGUGUAUCGCUUCUACCAGACAGAGCCUUUCCUGGAGACGGAUGACCGGCGCGCCACGCAGGAUUCUCUACCUCAGCGUACCCUGAUUGAGUUGGAGUCCUCACCCCGGUACCUGGUGCUGUUUAACCCAGUGGAGCAGGAGCGUCUGUGUUUGGUCACUGUGCUGGUGAACUCUGCGCGGGUCAGGGUGUUAACCGAGGAUGGCCAGACACUCCCCGUCCAGCUCAGUGCACAGUGGGCCUCCGCUGUGCAAAUGAGCGGCGAGGUCUACCAGGCCUCUUUCAUGGCCCGCCUGCCUGCGCUGGGAUUGGCCGUGUUCCACCUCUACGACUCUGCCGACUCCCCGAUGACCCUGCGCUCCGAUACGCUGCUGAGGCUUCCAGGGCACAGCCAGAGUGUGCGUGGGGUGGACCCCCUACCCGUACGCUCACAAGCAGCUGACCCCCAGCCCUUCUACAUUCAGACCCAGUCCCUCAUGCUGGGCUUCUCUGGAACCACAGGCCUGCUUGAGAGUGUCCGCCGGAAGGACGACGCUCAGGAGGUGCGGGUGCAAAUGCAGUUUUUCACCUACGGAACCCGGCCCUCCAAGGACAAGAGCGGAGCCUAUCUGUUUAUACCAGAUGGCAAUGCCAAGCCCUACAUGCAGAAAGACCAGCCCAUUGUGCGUGUGGUAGAAGGUCCCCUUUUUGCAGAGGUGGUCGCACACUACCAGCACUUCCAGCAGACAGUUCGCAUCCACAAUGUGCCAGGUGUAGAUGGCCUGUCACUGGACAUCACCACCCUGGUGGACAUCAGGGACCAGACAAAUAAAGAACUGGCCAUGCGUAUAGUAACUGACAUCCAGAGCGAGGGCACCUUCUACACAGACCUCAAUGGCUUCCAGAUCCAGCCCCGCAGGUACCUGCAGAAGCUGCCUCUGCAGGCUAACUUCUACCCCAUGCCCACCAUGGCCUACAUCCAGGACAGCCAGUACCGCCUCACGCUGCACACGGCCCAGGCCCUGGGGGCCAGCAGCCUCGCGUCUGGUCAGCUGGAGGUGAUCUUGGACCGCCGGUUAAUGCAGGAUGAUAAUAGGGGCCUGGGGCAAGGCCUGAAGGACAACAAGAGGACGGCCAACCGCUUCCGCCUCCUGCUGGAGAGGAGGUCCAGCAGAAGCAGGACUGUGGACAGCGCGCCAGUCAGCUUCCCCUCCUUGCUGAGUCACAUGACCUCGGCCAUUUUGAACCACGAGGUGCUGGCACUGCCGGUUAUUCCGAAGAAGCGGGGCGUGCCCCCUCUACGCACCUUCUCUCCUCUGGCAGCUGCCCUGCCCUGUGAUUUCCACCUGCUCAACCUCAGGAGCAUCCAGAACCAGGACUCCCACUCGCCUUCUCCACACACAGCGCUGCUGCUGCAUCGCCUGGGGCUCGACUGCGGCCUGGAGGCCCACAACCCCGGCUUCAACUGCACCACCACGCAAGGCAAGCUGGCCGUGGCGGCUCUGUUCCGGGGCCUGGACCUGCAGCUGCUGCAGCCCAUGUCUCUGACGUUGAUGCACGCGGGCACGCCCCUCUCCAACGGCUCCGCCGUCGCUCUGGAGCCCAUGGAGCUAGCUACCUUCAAGAUCCAACUGCACUAGGCCUCCCUCGUGCCGGCGCCCAGACCUGCUGGAGCGGCAGACACAGACUUGGUACUCGGCAGUGCGUCAUGGCUGGACAUGCUGAGCGUCCAUCUCUCGUACUGAGCAAGGAUGAGCUUAAACGCACUCAACAAAUCAAGAUCUUUGUUGAAGAUGCUGAACCCUCUACAAAUGGUGUGAUUUAUUAUUAUUUUUUAAAUAAAUAAAUAGUUAAUUAAUCGGACAUUCAGCACCAGAUACAGUAGCUGUGCCAGCUGCCAGAGUUGGAGGGACAUGAUCUAUCGAAUGUUGAUUUAUUGUCUUUUUUUUUUUUUUUUAAUGCACUUGGAGUGAGUAAUACUCUCAUUUUAUUAGGUAUGGACAAUUGAUAAGGAUCAUUUGAGACGUUAUGUCAUCCUGGGUAAAACCACUGAUCUUUGCUUUCUCUCUCGCUCUCUUUAGUUCGCGCUCUCUCCUGUCCGCAUGCUCCUGCUAUCUCUCUCUCUUGCUCUUUCUGUAACUCUUAGACUGUACUGUACAUAAAUGUCUUUGGCUCUUCUUGAAUUGGUGGGAAUGAGUGCAAUACGUGAAGCAUUUCUUUGGGUGGUGUUUUUUGGGGACUCUCCGUUAUGCAGGAGCUGUGCUUUUUAAACUGUGUUGGUGUCCUCUGAGCCCAUACACCCCCUCCCAGGGUACCUUCAGUCUACUGUGCUGCAUUGCUGCCGCAUGUUUAACAUGUCGGUGCGGCUGAGCAGAAACCGAUGCUGAUGUGAACCGUGUCCUCCCCGUUAGCUGUCAGUCCGUGUAGGCCUGGACGGCUUCUCUCAUGUUCUUCUGAAAAGGAUGCAGUGAUGGCCAGAACGUUCCCCCUUUCACCUGUUUGGCUUUCAAUUUUGACCUUUUUUUUUUUUUUUUUUUUGCUACAGCAGAAUGCCUCUUCCUCCAAACUGGCUAGCUGUGGACUGUUUGCAGUUUGUUGUGUCUUUCCCUGGCCUGCGGUUUAGCUGUCAAAUUAGGGUGGUGUGGUGCACUAUAAAAUAUGCAGAUAAUACCGCUCAUAUUUUUACAUAUGAACAUUGUGUGCAAUACGUUUGCUGUGGGGACAGUGGUGACUGGUGUGCUUGUGGUAUGAGUAUGUAACGAGGACAGAAUGUGUGAUUACUGCACUGGUUACCAGCCUGCACCCAGAGGAGAGCGCCUGGCUGACUUUGAAUCGGUAUUUAAAGGGCCAACUGCAAACCUCAUGUCCCCUGAUCCAUCCUGAACCUGAAGGUUUACCUCAUGUCUGUGUGUCUAUGGAGAUCAGUAGUCGUUACCACUAAUUGCGUUCUGCCGAGGAGAACCCUAGUCUCUGCACAUGCAUUGUAAACUUCCAUUCCAGUGGUGUCUCGUCGUAACGUCUGCACUCUGCACAAAACCUGUCUUUGCCAGUGGCCAGUUCGGUGUGAAUGCAUUCCACCUGCCGUGAGGUGGGCCUGUUUCACAGCGUUGCAGGCGAUCGUCUCCACUCCUCUCUUCUUUGUAGCUAACCCUACUGUGAUCCUCUGUGCUCUGCUAUCUUUGAAAAAGCGUUCCCUCAUAGAGACUCAAACCUGUGAAUCGGUACUAUAGAUGAAGGCUCGCGCUGUUCCUCCCGCAGCCCGGACGCGGAUGGGCCAGGGCUUCGUAGCACUUGUCAGACCUCUGGGAGUCAGUUGUCUCCGUUGCUGUCAUCAGCAGCUUCACUAGGCAAGCACUGGUCUCGUCCACCGAUCUGCCCCCUCGCCUUCCACUCCACCCGUUUCCUGACCUGGUUGACGCGUCCUGCCUGGGCUGAGAGCUCUGUGCUGAAGGGGGACCUACUGAUGGUGGGGCGUACUCUCUCUGAGUGCUUUUGCUCUUCCUGAUGAAGACUAAGAUUCCAUAAAACGUUUUGAAGUUUUCCAAGUGUUGCUCUGCUGGAGAAGGGUUGCUUACAAAGAUGUGUACUUCUAGAGCUGAGGUGGGGGGAAAAAAUGUGGAUUGGUUUUGAAAUUGUGAUUGUUCCAAGAGAUCCUCCCCCUCUCUUCAAAAUUAUGGAUUCUGCUCACCUUCGAGUUGUUUGGGCCUCUGCUUGCGUGGUGUGCGUUUACCACUCCCAUCUCACUGCCAUACCCACUCACCCUUGAGCUGUUUGGACAAGUUACUGAGUAGCUAUUUUUCAUUUGUGUACUGUAAUGUGAACAGACUUUUUUCAAUGAUAUGAAGAAAAUAUUUAUCCCCCCCCCUGCAAAGUUCAUUCCCUCCUCUUGUUUAUAAGGGGGAAAAAGUGAAGUAAAAUGAAAAAAGGAGAAAUGUGCAAUGCAGCUAACGUUGACACUUAAUAAACAUCAACCAUGGACAUUA